AGGAGGAGGAUGGUCACUAGCUGAAGGUUAGCGUCCUUGUAUCAGAGUGGGCAAGGGGUGUGAGGAAAGGGGCGUUUUAUCUUCUGCCCCUGUCCUGGCCCUCGCAAGGGUAUCCAAACCCAUCCACGUGGAAUGACUGCUGGAAGGGCGCUGGCUCAGGCCGGUGUCGGCCGGCGGACAGAGCAGCUCUGUGAGCCAAGGGGAGGGGCGGGAAAGCCGCUCACCCAGGACACCCGUGUUCUCACCUAGAAACCGACUGGGCUUUGGUUGACUUAAGAGUCCCACAGGGGUUAAUGUGUAACCUUGGAGCCAUAGGGGAGGAAAACACUCAAACGGCUUGGUCCCUGGGUCCUUGCGCCUCAGGUUUUUGGCUUCCUCCCGCCCGCAGCACCUUUCCCCUCCCCCGCUUCUUCCCGCCCCUCCUCUAUUACCACCCUCUUCUCCCUCCCCGCUCUCAUCUCCGCUUAACUUCCCUCGCUGGCUCUCAGCUGCUCCUCCUUUCGCCCAGAGUUUAUACCUAAACUCUCCCCGAAAGCAGCUGCCUCGCUGGGAGGCGAGAGGGGGAGCCCGCGCCACAGUGAGGGCAGGCUGACACCUAGUGGCUAGGAGCCGCAACUGCUGCAAGCUACCGGCUUGGAGAGCGCGGGUCACUCCAGCUGUCCCGGCAAAUCGGAGGUCUUGCUUGCCCAGCCUCCGGGGAGCCGGGCCGAGGGCCGGGACUGUCUGAGGGAGGACUGUGACAGCCGCCCGGCCCCAGGAGUUUAAGAGCCGGCGGGAGGAGGUGGCGAUGGGUUACUCAGCAGUUCCCAAGUGCCCACCUCGCGGGCGCGGGAGGGACAGUGUAUGGCAGACUCCUGACAUGUUAGUGGAGAUUGAGACGGCGUGGUCACUUUCUGGCUAUUUGCUCGUUUGCUUCUCUGCGGGGUAUUUCAUCCACGAUACGGUGGACAUCGUGGCUAGCGGACAGACGCGAGCCUCUUGGGAAUACCUUGUCCAUCACAUCAUGGCCAUGGGUGCCUUCUUCUCCGGCAUCUUUUGGAGCAGCUUUGUCGGUGGGGGUGUCUUAACACUACUGGUGGAAGUCAGCAACAUCUUCCUCACCAUUCGCAUGAUGAUGAAAAUCAGUAAUGCCCACGAUCAUCUCCUCUACCGGGUUAACAAGUAUGUGAACCUGGUCAUGUACUUUCUCUUCCGCCUGGCCCCUCAGGCCUACCUCACCCAUUUCUUCUUGCGUUAUGUGAACCAGAGGACCCUGGGCACCUUCCUGCUGGGUAUCCUGCUCAUGCUGGACGUGAUGAUCAUAAUCUACUUUUCCCGCCUCCUCCGCUCUGACUUCUGCCCUGAGCGUGUCCCAAAGAAGCAACACAAAGACAAGUUCUUGACUGAGUGAGAGGCACAGAGCCUGGGACAACAAAAACGGACAAGGCCAGAAACAGCUCCACAUGGACACUGGGACUUAGCCCCAAGCCUGGGUGUCCUCUGAGGCCAGCCUCUCCACCUUCUGAGCUUGCGCCCACACUAUUGAAAACACUAAUGAAAGUACUCCUCUGAAGUCCUUGUCCUUUAUUGGGCAAGGGGUGAGGGAAGCAGACAGACCGGUUGGACAUAGUAGAUGGGUGUGUGAGGACAAAAUGCUACCAGAAAGCCAGCCAAUCCACACUCCCCUGAAAUGGAUGCUGACACCCUUCAAACCCUGGGCAUUGGUUUCAUACACAGCCUCUUCCAGGGAUAAAAGGGGUUCUUGUAUAGCUUGUUACCCUCAACCAUGGAGGCAAGUUCUGAGUUCUGGUUUUCCUAGGACACUAACUCUAGUCACAAAGAUCUCUGGAGUGAUCAUACAUGGUGGAGUGGCAGGGUGAGGUAUUUCAAAAGGAUAAGUAGAACAGGAGUCUUGCCCAAGCCCUGUCAUGUCAGUGUGUAUGUGUGGCCUCCCAGCCCAACCAGAAAUUGACAGAGAGGCAUGUAUAUGGUGAAAAGAUAUAUAUAUAUAUAUUCAGAAUUAGGCAGCUGGACUCAGUUUAGAUGAUCCCAAUCUGAAAAACAAAAGGGAGCCUCGUUACUGGAGUUGAAAUAUGAAGAUUAAGCUGGAAUGUUAUUUUUAGAAAGCAAAAUGAGGAAUGUGAGGAUAAGGUUUGUCAAGGAUAGGGGUGCAGUCAGUUAAUUAUGACUAAUCAGCAAAAAUCAGGCUUUGGUCGCUAACAUGCAUCAUUUGCACCCAAGGGGUGAGCAUUAAGGGGUUUGUAGGAAGGAAACUUACUUUGUUGGCAACAUCCAAAGCAUCGUAAUCAGGAGCCAGUCGAACAUAUGCCUUCUUCUCUCCAUCAGGCCUAGGGUAGAGAAGGAAGCCUUAGUCCCUGCCACCCUCACUGCCCCCACACCCUCCCCCUUCCUCCGCCAGUCCUCCGGCACUUCAGUGGUUCCUUUGUUCAUGUCAUUCUUUUCCAAUAAUGAUUUUUCCAUCAUUAGCCCAGAGGACACCAUGAAGCCACAAAGCCAAUUCUCUUAUGGGAAACACCACAGGCCACAUUAAGACUUAAACCAAGGUAAUCUGCCACUUGUUGCACUCUAGUUGCCUUUGCCAAUAGGAGUAGGGACCCAGAAAAUGAGCACCAACCCCCAAUCAAGUCCUAGAAAGCAUUGCCUCAGGUCCACACAAAGGUCUGUAACUAAAGCAGCCUGUAAUUCCUGCCUCAAGGCUCACACACACUGCUAAACCUACACCAAGUUUAAGUCAAGGAACCUUUUUCCCCUGCUGAAAGGUCCAGGGGAU